CCAGGACUAUUCCGGUAUUUUGAAUCACACACCUGAGUUUCCUAACUGGAAUAAGUUCGCCAGAGGUAAAUAAAUAUACGAAAGCGGAGGCAGGCGUGGCUGUGGUGUGUGCGAGAGAAAUCUUUCACAGGCAGAGCAGUUACUCAGCAGGCAUGCCAUUUUUCCGCUCGCAAAUGUUUGCAGGGUGAAACCCGAAGCUCUUCUCCGCCUCCCAAGCAGAGUAGGAGGGACCCAGCGAGGAGGAGGAGGAGGAGGAGGAGGAAGAAGAAGGAGAAAGUUCAGCUCCUCCUCCACUUUGGCUCCGCGGUUAUUUUUCCUUCUCUGAAGAGGCAAGAGAGAAGGACACGCCUGGGAAAGACGGUGCGCAGGAGAAGGCGAAGGAGCGCCUGUAGUUUCCUGACAGCAUUCCUGGGUGCUUCCCUGCAAGCUUUACAGAAUGAGUUAUCCAGGGUAUCCUCCUGCAGGUGGGUAUCCACCUGCUGCUCCAGGCAGUAAUCCGUGGGGUGCCCCCAGCUAUCCUCCUGCAAAUCCUCCUCCAAUUGGGUUAGAAAAUGUUGGAAACUAUGCUAAUCAGUUUAAUCCAGAUUAUAUGGCGGGCUUGGCUUCCAACAUGUCAGGAACAUUUGGUGGCGCCAACAUACCACAGGGCGUGUAUCCUCCAGCCCCUGGUGGCUAUCCCCCUGUUCCUUCAGGAGGCUUUGGGCAAACUCCAGGGGGCUUUGGACAGCCUCCACAAGGACAGCAAUCGUCUUACGGGAUGUACCCACCACUUCCAGGAGGAAACCCACCAACAGGAAUGCCGUCGUAUCCAGGAUAUCCGGGCAGCCCUAUGCCACCAGCAGGGCAGCAACCCCAGCCAUAUCCUGGGCAACAGCCAAUGCCGCCACCAGGGCAGCAACCCAUGCCAAGUUAUCCUCCUGGCCCAGCUGUUAAUCCUUCUAUGCCAUCUUAUCCAGGACCAACGAUGCCCACAGUUACUCCUGGAUCAUCUGGAUACCGAGGCACAAUCCAUGAUGUUCCAUCCUUUGAUCCCCUGAGGGAUGCAGAGGUAUUGAGGAAAGCCAUGAAAGGUUUUGGAACUGAUGAGCAGGCGAUCAUUGAUUGUCUUGGAAGCCGCUCAAACAAGCAACGUCAACAGAUUAUGCUCUCGUUCAAAACAGCUUAUGGAAAGGAUUUGAUCAAAGACCUAAAGUCUGAGCUCUCUGGCAACUUUGAGAGGGCCAUCUUGGCAAUGAUGAAGACUCCUGUCCUGUUUGAUGUUCAUGAAAUAAAAGAUGCAAUCAAGGGUGCUGGCACAGAUGAAGCCUGCCUGAUAGAAAUCCUUGCAUCUCGUAGCAAUGAGCACAUUCGGGAAAUCAGUCGGGUACACAAAGCAGAAUUUAAGAAAACUCUAGAAGAAACCAUCAGAAGCGACACAUCUGGACACUUCCAGAGGCUUUUAAUCUCACUUGCUCAGGGAAACAGAGAUGAAAGUACCAAUGUCAACAUGUCACUUGUCCAAAGUGAUGCUCAGGCACUAUAUGCAGCUGGAGAGAAUCGCCUCGGGACAGAUGAGUCCAAAUUCAACGCAAUUCUCUGUACCAGAAGUAGAGCUCACCUAAGAGCAGUUUUCAGUGAAUACCAGCGAAUGUGUAACCGUGACAUUGAAAAGAGUAUAAAAGGAGAGAUGUCUGGAGACCUCGAAUCUGGGAUGCUGGCAGUUGUUAAGUGUAUGAAAAACACACCUGCUUUCUUUGCAGAGAGGCUUUACAAGGCCAUGAAGGGAGCUGGAACCAAAGACAGGACUCUCAUUCGGAUCAUGGUGUCACGCAGUGAGGUUGACCUGCUGGACAUACGGCAGGAAUACAAGCGGAUGUAUGGCCGAUCUCUCUACACAGACAUUACGGGCGACACUUCAGGGGACUACAGGAAAAUCCUGCUGAAAUUGUGUGGUGGAAAUGACUAAAUCGAGCCUUCUGGAUUUUUGUUUGUUUUUAAAAAAUCAGCUGGCAUUAUCUUACCAUUUCACAUGUUGUCAAAACUUCAAAUAUCCAGGGAAUUCUUCCUCUGCAGUGCCAUGUUUGCUAAAAUUACUCAAUCUAUUUCAUUCUUUAAAUAGUGUCAUGAAUACACUAUAUAUAAAAACCAGCUGUUGCAUGAAUAGUCUUUGUUUUGAAACUCCUUUUUUGUGUGUGAGCAAAAUGAUUCUGUAUUGCUUUUUUUAAAAAAAAACCAACCUAUAAAACAUUUUUGAAUGUAUGGUGCAUGGUAGGUUUUAUAUUUACAUGCUUCUUGUUACCUGAAUUAAAAAUUACUGUUCUGAAGGAUGAUUGGAUGAACUCUUAGACCUUAGUUGCUUAUUACUGUCCAAGGAGAAAUUUAAAAGUCAGGCUAGAGUCUUUGGCUUUCAUGCUAUCUUCUGUUACUUUUCCAUGUUGAUUUGAAUGUGGGAUCUCCCUGAAUUUUGCAAAGUGUUCUCAAACUGAAGGAAAGCGGAUGCGGUGAGUUGGCAGAAGUCAGGUACCAAAAUGUUAGGAAGCCUGUCAGGGUUUUUGUUAAUCCCCUGCAGAUGCACUUUUUCUUCAUUCAUGAUUAUUUGUGCUCAUGAUGGUAUUGGGGCAAUUAGAAAUGAUCCAUUUCUGCCUGCAAAACUGCUUUGUUAUCAAUCAGUGUAUGUCCCAUAACUUCCUGCUGAAAUCUUGCAACUUUCAAUAUGAGAAAUGUUCUCAUUUAUUUUUAUUGUGCUACUGUGUUAAGAGGGCCCCUGCAGAUGACAAAGUGUUAAUUUUGGGGAAGUGACACAGAACAACCAAUAAAGUGGAAUGAUUGUGGAUGGUACAGUGUAAUUCACCACUAUAAGUAAUGCACUAUUAUUCAAUUAAAUGACAUGUUGCAAAAUACACCCACAAAAACCACCGGUCUGGAUGAGCCUGUUUUUGCCAGUGGAAGCUUUUUCCCCCCAUAGAGGUAACAGCAGUAUGAGGUAAGAUAUUUGUCCAGAAUUGUGGCAUGAAAGGGUUAUACCUCUCCAUGCUUAGCAGUCCAAAUGAACCCCCUCCAAAGAAAUACAACCUAAUUUUGUUAUUAAAAAAUUGAUUGGCUUCCUGUUGAUACUAUUAGCUUCACAUCUAGUUUAGCUCUCAAGGACAUCCUACAAUCAAACAAAUCUGUUCACUUGUUUCUUGAUACGGGGAGGAUGGACUUUUGAAAGAGGUGUGAACAGGACUUCCGUUUGCAUUGUUAGGAUGGAACAAGGCUACUUUAAAAGCAUUAUUCAUUUUAUUGGGACAUGAACAGGAGCACAGAAGUUCAUGGAGGUUCCACAUUUUACAGUUGGGUGGAUCAUGCUUCUCUUUUGCAGAAAGACAUGUAAAGAAGUCCCUAUUGAUUUUAAUGUUCAGCACAUGCUUAACUUGCCCCAUUCACUUCCCUGCUUCUUAGAUGGAUGCAGUUUUGGCUCGAUCAUGCCAGAUGUCUUUUGAGGAACUCAAAAUGCCUUCCCUAUGAGUGCAUACCAAAGCUUUCCUUUUUGAUUUCUUAGAGUUGUGCCUUAAAAUCAAAUAUCUAACUUCUUGAAAAAUUUGUACAAAUAAACCAAAGCUAUCAUCCAA